CUCGACCAUCUCGACCGAUCUUGCAUUCAUUUCACAAUGGCGACAAACAUCACCUGGCAUCCGUCCCUCACCCACUCCGAGCGCCGCCAGCUGCGGAAGCAGCAAGGCAUCACCAUCUGGUUCACCGGCCUCAGCGCGUCGGGGAAGAGCACCAUCGCUACGGCCCUGGAACAGCAUCUGCUGCACCUCGGUCGGACUGCGUACCGGCUCGAUGGCGACAAUGUGCGCUUCGGGCUGAACAAGGACCUGGGGUUCAGCGAGAAGGACCGGAACGAGAACAUUCGGCGGAUCGCGGAGGUUGCGAAACUCUUCGCCGAUUCAUGCUCCGUCGCCAUCACCUCCUUCAUCUCCCCCUACCGCGCGGACCGAGACGCCGCCCGGCAACUCCACAACGCGGGCGCCCCCGGGAUGGCGGAACCGCUGCCGUUCGUCGAGGUGUUCGUCGACGUGCCGAUCGAGGUGGCGGAGCAGCGCGACCCUAAAGGGCUGUAUAAGAAGGCAAGGGCCGGGGAGAUCAAGGAGUUCACGGGUAUUAGCGCUCCGUACGAGGCGCCCGAGAACCCGGAAAUCCAUCUCCGGAGCGAUCAGUUGAGUGUGGAGGAGGCGGUGGUGAAGAUCGUGAAGUAUUUGGAGGAGAAGGGAUACUUGUCGCCGGAUGGCAUUGGCGAGAAGAGGACCUUGGCUGAGGGUGUGUAGGCUCAUGCGGAGGCUCUAUUAUCGUGAAUCCAUAUAUAGGCAUGCAAAUUUGAAUCUUGGUAUGCCAGAAGGCUGGCAAUUUGCUUGAUUAUAGGUUAAGAUUGCAUUUUCAGUCCCAGCAUUGCCCUCGCGCCUGAGAAUGUAAACCUGGAUAGAAUACCAGGAAGUUAUGAGACAGGAUAUCGAACAUGAUAAAAGAAUGGCGAGACAUUCUAAUACCUAUACGAACUCAAACUCGUAGUAGACAUAGGCCGUAUACUCCGCAUCUCCACCAAC